AUGUCUGGUCAGAGCUACGGUAUCUACAAUGCUGUUUAUGCCAUCGCACAUGCUCUCCAUGCCAUGGAUUUAUCAAGGUCCAAGCUCAAAGCAAUGGGAGAUGGAGGCCCAUUGAACCAUCGGAAUAUUCAGCCAUGGCAGAAACCUGCUAGUUUCUGCUAUGAAGUGGUUGUUACUGUGUUCUUUUGCUCUGUUGAUGGAACUCAAAAUUAUGGAGUGGAGUACCAAAAGACUCCCAUCGUCAAAGCCAAUAAAAGAAACAUCACCUGUGGCCUGCUCUCUUCUCUCCUCCUCUGCUUCCUCUGUUCUUUUCUAUUCAUUGGCAAGCCUGGGAAGGUGACCUGCCUUCUCCGACAAACAUUUUUUGGCAUUAUCUUCUCUGUCACCCUUGCUUGUGUAUUGGCCAAAACGAUUACAGUGGUUAUGUCCUUCAUGGCCACCAAGCCAGGAAAUAGUAUGAGGAAAUGGCCCAAAGUUGAUCGUCUUUUUCAGGGUUUCAGAGAUGAUAUUCUGAUUGGGAAAUGUGUAUCCAUCAUUUUCCUUGAACUGCCUUUACUCAGCUUCACAGAACACCCAGCCCCCUCCAUCAUGGGGUAUUUAAUGCCUAAGAACUAUCAGCAAGUUCUUGCAUCUGUUUUUGCCAUUGAUGAGAUCAACAAGAAUGCCAGGUUGCUACCCAACAUCACAUUGGGAUCCAAGAUCUUUGACAAUAAUUUUAAUCCAAGGAUGACCUAUUGGAACACUCUCAACCUAGUUUUUAUGGGACAAUGGCAUCUUCCCAAUUACAACUGUGACAGGGGGAAAACGUUCAUGGCUGCAAUUGGGGCACCCUCCUCACAAAACUCCAUCCAUAUGGCCAAUAUCUUAAAUACCUACAGGACACCACAGCUCAGUUAUGGCUCUUUUGACGCUGUGUUGAGUGAUAAGAUUCGAUUCCCUUCUUUCUUCCGGAUGGUUCCAAAUGAAAAACACCAAUACGUUGGCAUUGUUCGGCUACUUAAACAUUUUGGAUGGAAUUGGAUUGGCCUCCUCUUAUCAGAUGAUGACAGUGGAGAAACAUUUCUUCAAACCCUAAACCCAAGAUUCUCCCAGAAUGAUAUUUGUAUUGCUUUUACACUAUCAUUUCCAGCAGAGACAUCUCACGGUUCAAAUGAUACUGUAAAGAAUGCCCUGGGAUGGAUUGCUUCUACUCUGGAGUUUUACCGCAAAAUAAAUGUCAUCCUUGUCUAUGGAGAUGGUCGGUAUAUGGAGGGUUUACGAAUAAUUCUAGAAUGCUAUGAAUUUAUUUACAUGCAGCCAAUGGAGAGGGUUUGGAUCAUAACUGCUCAGUGGGAUUACACAGCUCUCUUUUCAAUGAAUAAAUUCACAGCAAAAUCCCUCAAUGGCACCUUGUCCUUCACACCCCACACAAAUGUGGUUCCAGGAUUUCCGGAUUUCCUUGAGAGCAUUAAUCCAUAUGAGUCUCAGAUUUAUCUCAUUGGUAGUUUCUGGUACAAUGUAUUCCAUUGUUCGCUUCCAAUGGAUCAGUUGUAUUUUCCAGGUGCAAAACAUUGCUCUGGGGAAGAAAGGUUGGGGGGUCUUCCUCGAUAUCUGUUUGAAAUGGAAAUGUCUGGCCAGAGCUAUAGUAUCUACAAUGCUGUUUAUGCUGCAGCACAUGCUCUCCAUGCCAUGGAUUCAUUGAGAUCCUCACAGAUAGCAAAGACGAAUGGAGAGAGACAGAAUCUCCUGAAAGUUCAGCCAUGGCAGCUUCACUCUUUUCUGAGAAACAUCUGCUUCAACAAUAGUGCUGAGGAAGAAAUAUCUUUUGAUGAGAAUCUGGAGCUGGCAUCUGGAUAUGACAUCAUCAACUUGGUCACGUUCCCCAAUCAAUCCUUCCAGAGAGUCCAGAUUGGAAGGAUAGAUGCCCUGGCUCCAGGAGAAAAAGAGUUCACUAUUAAUGAAAGUGCCAUUCAGUGGAGUCACAAGUUUAACCAGACACUGCCUCAUGCCAAAUGUGUCAAGAGCUGCCCUCCUGGACACAGAAAGAUUGCUCAGGAGGGGCAGCCAGUUUGUUGCUAUGAUUGUGCUCCAUGUUCUGAGGGGACGAUUUCGGUACAGAUUGAUGCUGACCACUGUGAGAAGUGCCCAGAAGAUCAGUAUCCAAAUAAGCAAAAGGAUCAAUGCCUCCCCAAAUGUAUUAUUUUCUUAUCUUAUGGAGAAGCCUUGGGAACAGCUUUGGCUCUUUGUGCCCUUUUCUUUGUGUUGAUCACAGUUUUGGUAAUGGGGAGCUUUAUUCUGCACUGGAACACUCCCAUUGUCAAAGCCAACAACUGGAGCAUCACCUGCAUCCUGCUAGUCUCUCUGCUUCUUGGUUUUCUAUGCUCCUUUCUGUUCAUUGGCCGACCUGGGAAGCUUUCCUGCAUUUUACGACAAACCAUGUUUGGUAUCAUCUUCACUGUUGCAGUGUCUUCUGUGUUGGGUAAAACGGUCACUGUGGUUGUGGCCUUCAUGGCCACCAAGCCAGGAAACAGGAUGAGGAAAUGGGUGGGGAAGAGGAUGGCAGUAUCCAUUAUCAUACUCUGUUCUCUUAUUCAAAUUGGCAUUUGUGCUGUGUGGCUGGGGACCUCUCCUCCAUUCCCAGAGCUUGACAUGAACUCCCAAAUUAGUGAGAUCACUGUGCAAUGCAAUGAAGGCUCAGAGAUUAUGUUUUAUACAGUCCUGGGUUACAUGGGGCUCCUUGCCAUCAUCAGCUUUACUGUGGCCUUCCUUGCCAGAAAGCUGCCUGACACUUUUAAUGAGGCCAAGUUGAUCACCUUCAGCAUGUUGGUCUUUUGCAGUGUGUGGGUGUCGUUUGUCCCAACCUACCUGAGCACCAAAGGGAAAUUCAUGGUGGCUGUGGAGAUCUUCUCCAUCUUGGCCUCCAGUGCUGGAUUACUGGGUUUUAUUUUUCUCCCCAAGUGCUGUAUUAUUUUACUGAGGCCCCAUCUGAACACCAAAGAGCAAUUAGUAAGGAAAAAUAUUAAUCUUGCUUGA